AUGCCUGGGUUUCUUCAGGUUUAUGGCUACGAAGACCCCAAAACAUCCAUCGGGUGGAAUAUUUCCACCACCCGCCAGCAGUUGAUAUCGUCUCUCAUGACCCUCGGCGCUUUCAUUAGCUCCAUGCUCGCAGGAGCAAUCGCCUCGAAAUUGAGUCGAAAGAUGUGUUUAUGGCUCUCCUGUGUACUCUGCGUAGUGGCCAACGUCAUUAUGAUGACAACAACGCACAUUGGAGCGCUCUACGUUGGUCGCCUGCUCAUCGGCUUGGGCAAUGGUGGCUUCAUGACGUUUUCGCAGCUUUACAUCCAAGAGACCAGCCCGGCAAAGUAUCGUGGACUAUUCAUGACCGGCUUUCAGUUUUGUGUUACCAUUGGAACUCUCCUCGGUACGAUCAUAGAUUGGGCAACCGCCCAACGCCCCGACAAGUCGGCAUAUCUGAUACCCUUAGGAGUGGUAUAUGCUGUUCCUGUUGUCAUCGCUGCAAGCCUCUUCUUCAUCCCCGAGUCGCCCCGAUGGCUUAUCAUGAGAGAUCGGAUUGAAGAAGGGAGGAAGGCUCUGGUGUGGCUAAGACCUACCGGUGUUGAUGUUGAGGACGAGGUCAACGAGAUACGAGGUGCAGUGCUUGAGGAUUUUGAGACGAAGAAGUCGGUAACAUUCUGGGACAUGUUCAAAGAUCCAAUCGACAGGAGAAGGACGAUCAUUUCCAUCUGCGCAGUAUGCUUACAAGGUGCUUCAGGUUCAAUGUUCAUCAUUGCGUACAAGGCAUAUUUCUUCACCAUCGCCAGAGUCGAGCACCCUUUCGCCAUGACCAACGUUUUGUCAACAUGUGGUCUUCUAGCAAUCAUUGCAAACGCACUGGUCGUGGUGCGCUACGGUCGUCGUCGGGUCUUCCUCCUGAGUGGCCUUAUUCUAUCCGGCUGCUUUCAGCUGAUCAUGGCAAUCACGUUUGACAAGCACCCGAACACAGUCUCGACUGGGAACCUGCUGGUAGCGAUAUCGUGCUUAUUCAUGAUAGCCUACAACGGGAUGAUUGCGCCGUACUCCUGGAUGGUCGCCGGCGAAGCUCCGUCUCAACGCCUGCGCAGCUACACUUUGGGCGUCGCGUCAGCUGCUGGAUAUUUCCUCGCCUGGCUGAUAACCUUCACUGCACCGUAUUUCAUCAACCCAAGCGCUCUCAAUUGGGGCCCGAGAUAUGGAUAUAUCUGGUUCCCUUCAUGCAUCAUCUCGGCUGUUUGGACGUAUUUCUACAUCCCAGAGCUUAAGGGCAGAACACUGGAGGAAAUUAACCAGAUGUUCCAUGCACGCUUGUCGGCCAGAAAGUUCCGCCAGUUCCAAAGCGCCACCAUAUCACGGAAGACCAGCCAGUCCAAGGCGGAUUUCGAAGGUAUCAAAGUCGAAAUGCUCGACAGGGCAUGA